AUGAGUGAAAAUAAAAUAUUAUUAAUAAAAACAUGUUUAGAAGAUCUUAGUACAGAAUUAUUAGUGUCAAUAUUUGAUUAUUUAACAUCAAUUGAAAUUUUAGUUACAUUUUUUAAUUUAAAUAAACGUUUUCGUUUCACUACUUAUUAUUAUUUACAAUCAGGUUGUCGUUUAACACAAUUUUAUUUAAAUAAUACAAAUUAUUUAACAUAUAAACGUUUUUGUAAAGAUAUUUUACCAAAUUUAAAAUCAACAAUAACAUCAUUUCAACUCGGUAGUAAUUAUUAUUAUGGACAAAUUGAUUAUUUUAAUCAAUAUCCCUUAAUACGUCUAGAUUCACUUGCAAUUCAUUUUAGUAAAGUUCCAUAUGUCUUUGCUCAACAUUUAAUGACAGGUUGUUAUUCAAUUACUCAUCUAACUAUUCAUCUAAGAUUUGAUCAUGAUCUACUUCCUCUUCUUUUUUAUUUACCAAAUCUAAUCGAAUGUAAUGCAUAUGUUGAUCAACGUGGUCGUGAUAUAUCCAAUGAUUUAACACUUCUUGCAUCACUUUCUGCUUUAAAACAUUUUAAAUAUGAAGGACUUAUGCCACCAAUUUACUUACGACGUUUAAUUAUUGAAAUUAAUGAACAUAUUGAACAUUUAUUUAUUUAUACACAAGAUUAUCAGCCAUCAUUUCAUUCAUCCGAAGCAUUUUCUUCUGAUUUUUUUGAUCAUUUACAUGAUUUAAAAACGUUUCAUUUUUAUAUUCGUCUAUUAACUUCGGAUGGUUUUAAUAAUAUAGCUUCAUAUUUUACCGAUACAAAAUAUUUAAUAAAUAGAAAUUUGUGUAAUAAUAUAGCAUGUGUUCUAUCAAAAGACAUUGGACAAAUAUUCUCUUUACCGUUUGCAUUUAAUCAUUUUGAAAUAUUUGAAAAAAAAUUUUUUACUCAAAUUCAAUAUUCAAAAUAUGAAAAAGAAAAUUUCAAGGAAAAUUAUUGGAGUAAUAUCAAACAUCUUACUAUACAUAUAAAUAUUUAUGAUAAAUUAUUGCUACAAUUAAUAAAAGAAAAAUUUACUAAAUUACGUUUAAUUGAUUAUCAAGUUCCUCAUUUUAGUCUUAUACCACAAGAUAAUGAAUUACAUCAAUAUGAUAUUCAACUAGGCACCGUAAAGAAGCUUAUAAUUCGUGAUAGUGUUAAACAUGGAUGUCAUGUUCCUCAACCACUUUUUCUUCUUACAUCAAAUCUUAUUGAACUGGAAAUAGAUCACUUUUAUUUGAUGCAGAUUAUUUCAAUUGUUAGUAAACAAACACAAUCACGUAUGUUAUCAACAUUUGCUCAACUUCGUUGUGUAACAGUUCGUCAAUUUGAUGAACGUAUUACUGAUUAUUUUUUUUCAUAUUUUUCUCAUAUAAAAAUCUUUGCUCUUAUAUUUACAACAUAUAAAAUGCAAGUUUAUCGUAAUAAAUUACCAUUUCUUGAUGAUCUUCUUAAUUCAAUGCCAAAUUUAAUUAGUCUAAAAUUAGAACAUAUAAAAAAACCACAAGAGUAUCAUGCAUAUGUUGAAAUGCAAAAAAACGUUGAAGAAAAAUUUUCCGAAUAUUAUUCAAAGAAUAUUUAUUGGUGUAAAUGGUAUGAUGAUCAUACACAAAGGGAUCAUAAAUAUGCGACAUUUCUUUUUUCAACAUAA